AUGUCGACCUUUGGAACCCUCUUUCGAGUUACCACGUACGGAGAAUCUCAUUGCGCCUCUGUUGGUGCCAUCAUCGAUGGCUGUCCACCCGGACUCCCUCUCAUAGCUCAAGACGUGCAGACACAGCUCAGCCGACGACGACCUGGCCAGAGCAAUCUUACAACGCCUCGAGACGAAAAGGAUACAGUUCAACUACAGUCCGGAAUCGAGCACGGUAUCACGCUCGGUACUCCCAUUGGCCUUCUUGUCCGUAACGAGGAUCAGAGACCACAUGAUUAUUCUGAGACAGACUUGUACCCUCGUCCCAGUCAUGCAGACUGGACUUAUCUGGAGAAAUACGGCGUGAAGGCCAGCAGCGGCGGCGGUCGAAGCAGUGCUCGUGAGACUAUCGGUCGAGUAGCAGCGGGUGCUAUCGCAGAGAAAUACUUAAAGCUCGUUUUUGGUAUUGAAAUUGUCGCAUUUGUGUCGUCCGUCGGCAAGGUACAUCUCCCAACAAACAUGGGAUCACCUUCGCAGGUCCCGGAUGACGACGACGACUCAGUCGAAGACUCGAUCAGCCCCGAGUUUGUCUCACUCCUCCGCACGGUGACCCGAGAGCAGGUGGACAGUCACCCAACUCGCUGCCCCAACCCCGAGAUAGCAGAGCGCAUGACCAAGCGUGUCAUCCGCGCAAAAGACGCCAUGGACUCGAUCGGAGGUACGGUGACCUGCGUCAUCCGUGGUGUUCCCUCCGGUCUCGGCGAGCCUGUGUUCGACAAGCUCGAGGCGAAGCUCGCUCACGCAAUGCUAUCCAUUCCCGCAACAAAAGCCUUCGAGAUCGGCUCGGGCUUCCGGGGGACAGAAGUCCCAGGCAGCAAACACAACGACCCGUUCUUUGUCAAGGCCGACGGCACAAUGGGCACCAAGACGAAUUGGAGCGGCGGGGUGCAGGGUGGUAUCACCAAUGGCGAGGACAUCUACUUCCGAAUCGGGUUCAAGUCGCCUGCAACCAUCUCUCAGGCACAAGAGACUGUUCAGUACGACGGCACUCCGGGGACCCUUGCCGCUCGAGGAAGGCAUGACCCCUGCGUCGUGCCUCGGGCGGUCCCGAUCGUUGAGGCCAUGGCAAGCUUGGUCAUCAUGGACCAGAUGCUCAUCCAGAAUGCGCGGAAGACUUCAGCCUCGCUCCUUCCGCCUAUCUCUACUCUCCCGCCUACUAUGGUGAAACCUGGACAGGCGCAGGUCAACGGCAAGCAUUAG